AUGUCAGAGUUUAAAGUCAAGGCCGGAUUGGCUCAAAUGUUGAAAGGCGGUGUUAUUAUGGAUGUGGUGAAUGCUGAGCAGGCCAAGAUUGCCGAGAAGGCCGGUGCGUGUGCGGUGAUGGCACUUGAAAGAAUUCCUGCCGAGAUGAGGAAAUCCAACCAAGUUUGUAGAAUGUCUGAUCCAAAGAUGAUUAAGGAUAUUAUGGAGAAUGUCAAAAUUCCAGUAAUGGCCAAGGUGAGAAUUGGUCAUUUUACCGAGUCGCAGAUUUUGGAGGCGCUUGGGGUUGAUUAUAUUGAUGAGAGUGAGGUGUUGACACCGGCAGAUACGGUGGACCACAUUGAUAAACGCAAGUACAAGGUUCCAUUUGUAUGUGGAGCUAGGAACUUGGGAGAGGCAUUGAGGAGAAUCAAUGAAGGUGCAGCAAUGAUUAGGUGCAAGGGUGAGGCAGGUACGGGUGAUGUUUCUUCUGCUGUGGACCAUAUCAAAACAAUUCGCAAGGAGAUUUUGGAGGCAAGUAAGUUGAAGACGGAGAAAGAGGUUGUUGCCUUGGCGCAAGUGUUGAGGGUUCCAGUUGAUCUUGUGAUUCAAGUUGUUGAGUUAAAGAGGUUACCGGUGGUGACAUUUGCUGCUGGUGGUAUUGCUACGCCAGCUGAUGCUGCGUUAUUGAUGCAGUUGGGGUGUGAUGGUGUGUUUGUUGGUUCAGGUAUAUUCAAGUCGAGUGAUCCUGCAAAAUUGGCCAAGGCCAUUGUCAAUGCCACUACCCAUUACGAUGAUGCAGCAAAGUUGUUGGAGUUUUCGACUGAUUUGGGUGACUUGAUGGCAGGUAUUUCAAUUGACUCGAUUAAAGAAAAUGAAAAGUUGGAGAAAAGAGGUUGGUAA